AUGCUUGGCAAAGAAAGGGAGAAGGGGGCAGCGCCCUCCAAGACGACAUCGAAGACGCCUUCAUUUCCUUCACUGGCGCCCAACUACGGAUUCCCGCCCGAGGCGUUUGACGUCGCACGCUUGCCCGAUUCGAGCCACGAGUUCAUCUCGCCCGCCGACAUUGCUGCCUUUGAGGCGGCGCUGCAGGCACCCGACCAAAAUGCCGCACCGGCGCAAAAUCUAGCGCAGCAGCAGAAGAACGGCUCAUUUGACGCUCUGCGGUCGCCAAAGAGCCCCGGCUCCUUUAGCAUCACGCGACGCGACUCGCACAGCCUCGGCGCCGGGCUCGACGACGACGCUGAUAACAGUAGCGCCCUGGCGACAGCGGCAGCGGCCGCCGCUGCGAACGGCGAUUUCAACACCAACGAAGACGUGGCGCUCGGUGGACUGGAGUCUUCGCCUGCGCCAGGCGGGCACGGCACGUUUGUGACGGCGCAAAACGACUGGGCGCCCAUCAGCUCGCGCUUCUACCGCACGAGCAGGCGGAAACCUGCGGCUGUCCCGAAGAAGAAGCGCCGACGGGCGAAGCAGGCCGUGGAGGGCCUGCUGGGCACGCGCAGCAAGGACGAGACGCGCGACGGGUACCUGUACAUGCUGGCCAAGUGGCCACUGCUGCUAUUCGUCGUCGGCUGGCUGCUGGUGCUCUCGGUGCUCUACCUGCUCACGCGCUUCUACAUCGUAGUCUACGAGCAGCUCUUCACGUGGCGCGGGCGGCGCGAGGGCCUGCGGCGUGAGCUGCGCGGCGCCACGACGUACGAGGACUGGGUCCGCGCGGCGCGGGCGCUGGACGGGUUCCUCGGCCGCAAGUCGUGGCGCGAGGAGAAUGACUUUGCGUACUACGACAGCAAGACAGUCAAGCGCGUCUGGGACCAGAUGAAGAAGACGCGAGCCAAGGCGGAGAGGGAGGAAAACGAUUAUCUGGCGACCAAGUCUGGCAACGGCAGUGGUGGUGGUGGUAGUGAGGGAAUUCGCGCGGUGGAGGAGCUCAAGGCGCUGACAGAGGCUUGCGUCAAGAAUAACUUUGUGGGCAUUGACAACCCAAAGCUGUAUAGCCAGACAUACUACGGAACGAAGAAUCUGGUGCAGAAUUUUGUUGACGAGGUGGAGAGGACGUUGAAGUUCCUGCUCAAGACGAAACAGCUUACUUUGGAGGAAAAGAGAGUCCUGUUCAAGCACGUCCAAGCCAACUUUGGAAGGACGGCGCUCUGCCUGUCUGGCGGCGCGAGCUUUGCGUACUACCACUUCGGUCUCGUUCGGGCGCUCCUGGACGCGGACCUGUUGCCUGAUGUCAUUACGGGUACGAGCGGCGGCGCUCUCAUCGCCGGCCUCGUCGCAACGCGGACGAACGAAGAACUGAAGAAGCUACUAGUGCCGGCACUGGCAUCGCAGAUCAACGCGUGCUCGGAGGGUUUCACUACAUGGUUCCCGCGCUGGUGGAAGACGGGUGCGCGGUUCGACUCGGUGUCGUGGGCGGCGCAGUGCAGCUGGUGGACUCGAGGCUCGAUGACGUUUCGCGAGGCGUACGAGCGGACGGGCCGGAUCCUCAACGUCAGCUGCGUGCCGGCAGACCCGCACUCACCGACGAUUCUGUGCAACUACCUAACGAGCCCGGACUGCGUCAUCUGGUCGGCGGUCCUGGCGUCGGCAGCGGUGCCGGGGAUUUUGAACCCGGUGGUGCUAAUGAUGAAGAAGCGGGACGGGACGCUGGCGCCGUACUCAUUUGGGCACAAGUGGAAAGACGGCAGCCUGCGGACGGACAUUCCGAUCAAGGCGCUCAACACGCACUUCAACGUCAACUUUACGAUCGUGAGCCAGGUGAACCCGCACGUGAACCUGUUCUUCUUCUCGUCACGGGGCCGGGUGGGAAACCCGGUGACGCACCGCAAGGGCCGUGGGUGGCGAGGAGGCUUCCUCAUGUCGGCGACGGAGCACUACCUGAAGCUGGACAUGCACAAGUGGCUGCGGUUCGUGCGGCACGCGGAGCUGCUGCCGCGGCCGCUCGGGCAGGACUGGAGCCAGCUGUGGUUGCAGGAGUUUAGCGGGACGGUGACGCUGUGGCCGGCGGCGGUGGCGUCGGACUUUUGGCGGAUCCUGUCGGACCCGGAUGCCGGGCGGCUGGCCCGGAUGCUGCACGAGGGCCGGCAGGGCGCAUUCCCGGCGCUGCAGUUUGUGGGCAACAGGCUCAAGGUGGAGCGGAUGGUGGACCGCGGGCGGACGGAGUCGCGGCCGUGGGUGAGACGGGGAAGUCUGGAGCGGAUACUGAGUGAGGAUGAUUUGCGGAGUAUACUGGUAGGUGAGAUGGUGGGUGGUGGUGGUGGCACGACGGAGGAGGAGAUGACGACGGAUUUGGAUGAAGAGGUUGUAAUAGAGGAUGAUAAGGGAGAUGCAGCGGAGGGAGGUGGAGGGUUGUUUAUUCGGAAGAGGUGA